AUGGACUUCAGAAAGUUGUGGACGUCAUUUAGAAGGAAAACAAAAAUACAAAGAAAAAGGAGUCACAGAACUUUAUACCGGUGCAAAAGGACAAUGAAUUCUACAAUGUCUGACUUCACCGCAGCAGAGAGAUAUGCAGAAGCUUUUGCAAAAAAUUUCACCAUUGUUCUUCUUGGGAUCAUAGUAACCUGCGUUAAUGGAAUGUUUGUUUUCACAUUCUUUAAGAGUUCUGUUUUCUACAAUGAUCCAAGAUAUAUAUUGUAUAUUCACAUGGUUAUCAAUGAUAUGCUCUUAGUUUUUUUCAGUGUAAGUCUAAGUGUGAUGGCUUAUGCAUGGCCAAAGGUUCCUCUUCCGUUCUGUGUUUCACUUCUAAUCAUAUCCUCAACUACUCACAAGAACACUCCUCUGACUUUGGCCGGUAUGGCCGUUGAGCGAUAUAUUUCCAUCUGCAAACCACUGCAUCACCAUCAGAUCUGCACAGUGCGCAGGACAUACAUCCUCAUCUCUCUGAUUUGGGGUGUUGGAGUUUUACCUGGACUGGCUGACCUGAUUCUCCUUUCAGUUGUUCGCCCUUUGUCUGUUUUUAGAACAAGUAGUCUCUGUAGUACAACUAAUGUGUAUAGCACACCUUAUCAUGAAGAACAGAGCAAAAUUACACACGGGAUUUAUACAUCUGUUGUGUGGGUAAUUCUUGUAUUCACAUAUUAUCAAGUGCUGAUUGCGGCCAGAAGGGCUUCCUCUGAUAAAUCCUCAGCAAAAAAGGCCCAAAGCACCAUCCUGUUACAUGGAGCACAGCUUCUGCUGUCCAUGUUGUCCAAUAUCACUCCUGUUAUAGACAAAAUUUAUGGCCAACUUGUACCUACGUUACGGUCAAAAAUCACCUUUUUCAAUUAUCUUCUUACAAACUUGUUACCACGACUACUUAGCCCCCUUAUUUAUGGUGUUCGAGAUAAACAUUUUUUAAAAUAUUUGAAAGGACUUCUUUCAUGUAGAUUAUUAAAUAUAAAAGUUGAUUCAAUCAAGCAGUGA